AUGGUCUUUGUAGCAGAACCUCUCACUAGCAUGCCCCAGGUGGGCAUCUGGCACUAUGUAUUCUCCAACCCUAACAACGUUAGCCACGACAAGCCUCUCAUGAUCGAUGGUAUCACUGGAGACUAUCUUACUUACGGCCAGGUCAAGUCCAGCUCGCUCAGAUUUCGUGCAGGUCUUCACAAAUUCGGCUUCAAGAAGGGCGAUGCGCUUUGUCUUUUCUCUCAAAACAAGGUUGACUAUGCUGUAGUUAUGUUCGGUACCGUCGCCGCAGGCGGUGCGCUCACACCCGCCAAUCCAGCAUACACUGCUAAGGAGCUCCACUAUCAGCUCGAGCAGACCAAAUCAAAGAUCAUUAUUGCCAGUGCAGAAACUUUGGCCGUUGCACUUGAGGCUGCCAAGCUCGCUGGUAUUCCCAAAUCCAAUGUGCUUCUCUUUGGCGAUAGCGAGAUCGAUGGAGUUCGACCUUAUACCAAGGUUCUUUUGGCUGAUCAGGAGAUGGAGGCUGUGGAAUAUACCUACGAAGAGGCUUGCAACACCGUCGCUUAUUUGUGCUUCAGCAGUGGUACCACAGGACGCAGCAAGGGUGUCAUGACUAGCCAUAUGAACAUUGCUUCCAAUUUAACUCAACUUGCGCAACACACCAAGGGAACUGUCGAUGUCGCUACUGAUCGUUACUUGGGAGUUCUUCCGUUUUACCACAUUUAUGGUUUGACGUGUAUGAUCCAUCUCGCUGCCUUCCAAGGCACAGCUUUGGUUGUUUUGCCCCGAUUCGAACUGGCUUCCUUCCUCAAAGCUAUUGAAACUCACCGAGUCACCUUCUGCCACAUUGUGCCUCCUAUUUUCAUCUUGUUGGCCAAGGAUCCUUCCGUCACCAAGUACGACCUUUCUUCCGUCAGAUACUUCUGGUCUGGCGCUGCUCCACUUUCUAAGGAGCUUUCCGA